GCUUUAACUCCUCCGGCUGUGUCGACAUGUACUGAAGUUGUCUGGGGUGAGACAUAACUCAAUGCCAACUGAACAAACAGAGCACACAAGAGAAGACAACACAUGAACAGAACUUCAAAGACCUCAAAAGUUGACUAUGAGUGAACACUUGGGAGGGAGUUACAAUGGGCCCUCCCCCCCAGAGCUGAGACUUAUUCUUUUGGGAAACAUUGGAUGUGGAAAGACGUCAUCAGCGGACACUAUCCUGGGCCAACUGUCCCCCGUCUCUCCCAUUGCCUCUAGGAGCUGCCAGCAGCGACAGGGCGUCUCUGAGGGCAGGAGAGUAACCCUGGUGGAGGCACCGAGAUGGUACUGGAGUGGUGGCAAGAUGGAGGAAACUGUCAGUAAGGAGACGGAAAAAGCAAUGGCGCUGGUAGCACCAGGCCCACAUGCUAUUCUGCUGCUGGUGCCUGUCAGCCAGUUCACAGAGAUGGAGAGUCAUGUGCCUGCAGAGCUAGAGAAGGUGUUUGGGGAGAAGGCUCUGGAUCACACUGUAGUCCUGCUGACCUGUGGGGACUACUUGAUGGGAAAAACAGUGGAGGAAUACCUGCAGAGAGAGCACCCAGGCCUAAGGAAGAUAAUUGAGCUCUGUGGGGGGAGGUACCAUAUCAUCAAUAAUCGGCAGCGACAGAACAGGGAACAGGUCCGUGAGCUGCUGGAGAAGGUGGAUGAUAUGGUGCAGAAAAAUGGAGUAUACUAUAUGAAAACAAGCCAGGAGAGCGAGCUGGCGAAACGAGUGAAAGACAGAAAACAAGAACUUAUGGAAAGUUACAGAGAUCAAAAGGAGGAGAAAAGAGAGAAGGUUGCUUCAACGCACAUCUCCAACACAGAAAUACAGAGGAGUAUCGUUAGAGGAGAGGAGUACAGCACCGCCCUGGACAGGUGGAGAAGAGAAGAGAGAGAUGAGACGGAUGGAAACGUGGGUGUGAGCCAGGUGUGUAACAGGCUUCAUUCAACUCCAGCACCAGAGCCGCAUAAUGACAGGCAGUUGGCAAGGACGCCCAGUUUCAGACUAAAUACAGAAGGAGCUAUACUUUCACAAAUGUCUGAGGCUAAAACAUCUUCGAAAGUGAUCACUACCUUUCACCACAGAAUCAACAGCUUUGAAGAGCGAUCCCCCGAGGCGUCUCCAACCUCCGCUCCUCAUUCGCCCUUAUUCUCUUCCCCUUCCUCACCAGCCUUCGCCUCCUCUCCCUUCUCCUCCUCCUCCUCUACCUCCUCAUCCUCUCCGGAGCUGCGUCUGGUCCUGCUCGGCCGAUCUGGAGCGGGGAAAAGCACAGCUGGCAAUGACAUACUGGGACGGAAGGAGUUUGAGUCACACCCAGAAAGCCUCAGAGCGAUCACUCAGGAGUGUGAGAAAAAGAAAGCAUUGGUUGGAGGAAGACGGGUGGCGGUGGUGGAUACUCCAGACUGGUUCAAUUCAGAUCGAGCUCAGGAUGAGGUGCGAGCUCAGAUCUCCUCAUGUGUUGCUCUGUCUAGUCCAGGACCUCACGCCUUCCUCCUGUGCGUCCCCUUAGACCAGCUUGCAAAGACCGAGUUGCAGGCUCUCUGGGCCCUGGAGUCUGUUUUUGGCCCAGAGGCAGUCCAGAAACACACUCUGGUCCUCUUUACUUACGCAGAUCGACUGAGGGAGAGCGGGAAGAUGGAAAACAACAGCGUGGAGGCGUAUAUCGCUGGUCGGCGGGGGGAUUUGUUAAAGCUUGUGGAGAAAUGUGGGGACAGGUUUCAUGUGAUGGAGAAGGGAGGAGGUGGGAGGGAGAGGCAGAAUGUGGUGGAGCUGCUGGAAAAGGUGGAGCAGACAGUGAAGGAAGCUGGAGGACAGUAUUAUUCUUGUCCUGCUUUUGAGGAGGCAGAGAACAGAGUAAGGCAGAGACAGGUAGAGAUUGCAAGGCAGAGAAAGGAGGAAGAAGGACUAAGAAACGUUAGACAGCUCAGCUCGGAAAGGCGUGUACUUCAUCCCUACAUGCAGCCUGUGGCUGAAGCAGAGGAGGAAGUGAGAGAGGAUGAGAUUGAGAAAACAAGGGAUGAGGCAGAGAUGAGUGUAAGCACCAUGAAGAUCGAGAGCCUUCCUCCUGUUACACUUCCCAACAUGUCCCCUUCACUUCUCCGUUCCAUUAUGGAUAAAAUGUCUAGUGCAAAGAAUUUACCCAAGCUUUUGGCAGAUAGCUCUAUGUGGGUCGGUGAGGGAGCAGAGAAGGUGAAAAGUAGUUCAGUGUGGGAGACAGUCAGCAGUGGAGCACAAAAUGUCCAGAAGAUGGUGAUUGAUAGUUCACUGUGGGAGAAGGUGGGAGCUAGUGCCGGACACGUGUCCAAACUAGUAGGAGAUAGAGUUCCCCAGGUAGUGGUGGAUGGUUCUGCAUGGGUGGGAUCUGGAGCAAAGGCAGCAGCAGCAAGUCCUAUGUGGGGAAAAGUAGGAUCUGGGGCCAUAACUGGAGCUAAACUAGUGGCUGGCAGGUCUGUGCAAGUUGGAGCUGGAAUUGGUGCCGGUGCAAAGAAGGUAGCACAGAGCCCAGCGUGGGGCAAGGUGGGCUCUGGGGCCAAAGCAGGGGCCAAAAUGGUGGCUGAGAGCUCAGUGUGGGAGAAAGUUGGGAAUACUGCUAAACAGGUGCCCAAGAUAGUCAUAGGGGGUGCAUUGUUGGGUCUGGUGCUUGGCGUGUUUUUGGGGGGGGUGAUUGGUGGAGCUCUCGGUGCAGCUGCUGGAUCUGCGGCAACUGAGAUGGGCAGACGAAAGCUCAGCAAUAAAAACACAUUAGAAAACAUAGAUGAAGCUGCAAACAAUGUAAAUAGAACAGUGAACGAUGGCGUGGUAAAACAAGGAGAAAAAGUAUUGAAAACUGAGUGAAUUGCUGAAUUUAUCUAAACUGUAUGACAUAUGUAAAUAAACAUUUAAUUCAUGAAUUAAUAGUACCAGAAGUCUAGCAAUAUAGUCUAAAUGAAAAUACAUUUUCAGAUUUUAAACUCAGCUAAACUUGGUUGUAUGAUUGCACAUUACAAACAUUUAGGUUAUUGUCUUAUAAACUGUUUUCAAGAUGUGUCAAAUUCUCUAAGAAAACACAAAUGCUGUGCCCUCACCAUCUCUUCAUAUAAGCAGUAAAUUCAAGGUGAAUUAAAAACAAAUGUUUUAAGUCAUUUAGCAAGUUACAUCGUUCAUUUUGCACUAUCUCCUCCUAGUUAUGUAAUCUUCCUCAGAGUUUAAUAAAAAAAAGAAAUUCAGUAUAAAAA